AUGGAUGGACACAGGCGCGCUAGUGAACGUCAUGAGUCUCGACUCAGCGCGAGAGAGAUUGGCAAUGCAUGCCGAUCGAAGAACAAGGAGGAGGGGACGCGAUCUCGUUCAAGGGCGAAUGGAAACCAUUUGAUCGGCCUCGUCUCGAAUGUCGAAGUUGAACUGAUGGGCAUCAAAGUUGGUGCCCCCUUCUUCGUUGCGGAUCACAUUGAUCUAGAGGACAAGCUCAUUUUUGGAACGCCGUAUCAACAAGGGCGUGACCAUUCCUCGACGACAUGGCGACGAAAGGAAUCAAGGACCGAUUCUGACAACGCUAUUAUUGCGCCUGGUAUUCGCAAGUUCGUUCUCGAGCACAUACAGAACCUUGAUCGAGUCUUUGCCGAUAUCGAAAGGGCUGGCGCAACCGUCUCUGGCGCGAAAGCGUCGUUCUGCAUGGCUGGCGUGAAGAUUGUGGGAUAUGUUUGCGACAGGUUUGGUCGACACGCCGACGCGAGCGAGAUUGAGAAGAUUGUGACGUGGCCAACUCCCAGGGAACUGCGAGGUUUCCUUGAUAUCUGCGCGUUCUACCGCGUUUGGAUUGAUUGA